CACGCACUUGUUUACCUGGGUUGACUGUCUGACAUUGGCAUCAUAUUCCCUGCGUUGGCUCAUCUUAAUUGUCCCUCAUCAUCUUUCCUCCGUCCGGCUUUUUUAAUAGUAUCCUCCGUUGAAAAGUACAUACUUUUUACCUCUGUCUAUGUCCCUUUCCACCUUGCUUUAAACCAGGUGGAUCGAUCAGUAUAUUAGUCACGCAUCCCACUCACCAGGUUCCAACCGAGUGCUGAUUGCGAGAGAAGGAUGAGUUCAACAGUCUGUUUGACGGACACGUCCGCUAUACCAUUUCCCUCCAAGGGGUUCGCCUACGCACUCUCGUCUAACACAGCAGGUCGGCCCCUUCCUCACAUACCCCGUCGACCGCGGUCUUCUCCCAACGGUCAUGGCCAUUCUUAUUCUGAUUCGCACCUUUCGCGGAUGCGAGAACCUAGCUGUUUGACCUCCGCGAAUCCCUCUACGAAUCCCCCGUUACCUCCUUGCUAUGAGUCGGAUUCGAGUUCGUCGUCCACAUCUUCUGAUGGAAUGUAUCCCACUAUCAUUCCAUUCUCGAAACAUUCUCUCUCUCGACGUGCGCACGCGCAAGUUUCUACGGAGACGACAAGCAUCAGGGUGAAGGACAACGGUCCCGACAGCCCGUCACGUGAUGUUUCUGAUGAUGACACAUCCUUACGGAUCAGCGUGGAGAAGUGUGCCUUGGACCAGCCGGCUCCAAAGCAUAUUCGUCACGCUUCCGAGCCGGUGAAGGCGAACGCGCUUGCAGCGACUCCUCCCUCUAUCUCCCCGUCAGAAACCCGUACCAUACGCAAAAAAUCUGGUGAGCUAGUAAAGCCGUCGCUUAAACGACGCCCGCAGCUCUCCGUGGUGACAGGUGGUGCCUCCGCUAAGAGUGCACCAGCGACUCCGACAGCGACAAAAGCUGUGCACUUCGACUCUAAACUAGAACACAUCAAGUUGUUCUUAGCGGAGCAGAAGCCCCUGGCAGUUUCGCGGGAUGGUAGCCCGAAUAGCGAUACUAGUGGCACGGACGACUUUCCAUCUUUUAUCUAUGGCGAUCCUCCCAAGGCACAGAAACAGGUUCAGAUGAGUAUUCGUAAUAUGCCUCCUACGCCAAGGAAAACCGACGAUGUGGCGCUGCAAGAGCUUACUCUUUUGGAAGAUCAGCGGACUCUUCUUGGCAGAGUACGGGUCCGCAAUAUUGCCUACGAGAAGUGGCUGGCCGCGCGAUUCACAAUGGAUUGGUGGCAGACGACGAGCGAGGUGGCUGCGCGUUACGAGAAAUCGGUUGAAGAUGGCGCGUUUGAUAUCUUCACAUUUUUUAUUCGCCUACACGACAUAUGGAAUCGGAUCGAAGAAAAGUCCCUGUUUAUGGCGUUGCGGUAUGUGACCGGGGGUAAAGAGUUUUGGGAUAACAACUGGGGUCGGAACUAUCAUGUCAAGUUCGUUGCUAAUCCAGUCCCGCUAUCUGACCGGCAGAGUGGAGUUGCGGGUAAUGCAAGCGACGUGUCGAUGAAGGACUUAAAAAUGCGCCUCGAGGAAGUCGCAAGAACGAAGGCAGCACCCAGUGCUGCGUCAGCUUCACGGACACAAGCGUCUUUCGGCGCCAGUCCCACCUCUCCACCGUUACCCUCGCUAAAGUCGCUGUCGCAACGAUACGAUUUUGGUUCGGCGACUAAGUGGAAGUUGCGCCCCACACUUCGCCAUACAAGAAACCAUACAUACCCCGCUGCGGGAUCCCCCCCUCCCCAUGACCCCAGCCCAAUGGGGAGAAGCGUGAUUGAUGGCGAAAAUAAGCAAGAGGAAUCUUCGGACUCCUCGGAAGCGCAACCUCCGUCCACACCCUCGUCGUCGCCUCUGGUCAUGUGUAAAGAGACCCCUUCGUUACCUCAUGUGGCUGAUACCAUCGAGACUGGCCAUUCGGCUUCUGGUACUAAUCCGUUUGGUCGACCCCACCGCCCAGACGGACGUAAAAGGAAUCAUAUGCGAGGGUAUGUGGACCACGCUAUGCCCAGUUCCCCGACUGUAAAGAAGACCCCGGCUGGCUCGUCUCCCCAUACUAAGCCCUUGAAUGGGCUGAACCAAGGUCUUCCGCGGCUGCAUUCGUAUUCGUCUGCGGAGAAUUUACUGUCCAUGGAUCAUGCGGGUUCUCAGGACACGCAGGAAGAUGAGGAGACAGGGUCUGCCGAGGUCUCGCCGACGAACCCGCCUGCUGGGCCGGGCACUACCCAUGAAGAUGGCUCAGGUGCAUCGCCGGAUGAUGCCUACAAGCAAUUCGUUAACCAGUACUGUUUCUACACCGGGACAGACUCGCUACUCGAAGACUCGACCAGUAUAUAUCCACGCACUUCCCCUACGAUAACCUUCGAACAAUAUGUACUCUCGCAGUCACCCCCUGGCCAUACGUUUUCUCCUCAUAUCCGGGACUUGGCAACCUUUAGCCCUACCCAACCAAGCGGAACCGUGACUCCAACUGGCCCGUCGAUGACAUCCAUUGCGGGAUAGGCAUGAUUCUUGAGUCGCCCUGCAUUUUGGUCAUGGCGACGAAGACCGAAUAGACUCAUUUUCCUCAUUUUCUUCCAUGUCAUCAUUUACCCGACACUAAACCACCCACUCCCGCUCCCAGCGUUCCCAUGGGACGUAAUGCCUUCAGGGCCCACCUACCCUGAUGAUAUGAUCCCGAUUUCACGCACUCCACACGUUAUAUAGUGCAUGCAUACCGAUCCGCAUCCUCACGC